CAACCGUUGGUGAGUAGCUGAGACAAGAACAUCUCCUGAUCACUCCCAUACAUACACCUCUAGUCACUUGGGAUCAUUCAUACAAUCAUUAUGUUUCCAUUUGCUUUCAUUACCCGUUCUUGGUCCAUCUAGUCACCUAGACAGGUCAGUACCAGGCGUCUCACAAAACGCUCAUAAUGAGAUCCUGUUACUAACAUCUUCAGUACAAGACUCUGGAAGGUUAUAAUGUUGUAGAAAUUCUCACAACUUCCGCAUUAGCCGCCAGAAUGACUGAUCAUAGGAGUAGUCCAUUCCCUAGUACACAUUCCACUCGCAUGAUCGCCUGUGUACUUAUUAUUCCGAUUGGUUGGGCAUUCCUCGGAAACUCUGGGUCUGGCUCCAGCUCUUCCGGUGUUCCGCAUUACUUUGAGACCCCAUGUGUAAGUCCCGUUUCUUCAUGCCAAGCCAAGUCUUUUCGAUAAAUGGAUCUCAGCUUGGUCGUGGCUUUGGUUUCUGUUAUCGCGGUAUGUGUGGAUGACAACAAUCAAGAGCCUGGAGCAGAACAAUCUCCACCCCUGGGUCCCCUGGCCUCCAACUUUCCUCUGGACAUCUCAAACGUAGACUCGCAAUACAUUGGUGUGUCAGAGUCGAUCGCUGAUUGUGUUGUUCAUAGGUCACUUCUACCCAAAGAGGGUGUCUCUGUGACAUCCGUAGGGGACUCCGGAGAGACCCUGAUGAGGAUGCACACAGCCACCUUCACGGGGGCCAACCUCUUUAUUAGAAAAGAUUAUCCGUCACUACUCUCUAUCCAUACCAUGGAUGGAGACGCGGCAGGAGAGACUUGCCUGGAAAAGCAAAGGUCCGGAUGGAGGCUGAUUACCUGCACAAAGUUCAAGUCUAAUCUCACCAAGAUGGAAAAUGGAGAACCUGCAAAAUUAACAACACAUUGUGUAGAUUACUUUCGAAUGGUAGAUGAUGAAGAAUGUGUGAUCAAUGGGAUAACACUUGACCUUUCCGGAGUAAACGUUGCCCAAAUCCAAGUGGAAAAUGACCCCCAAUACGGAACCUUGUAUACGAACUAUACCCCGAAAAACGACAGUAGUUUUGGUAUAAUUAAUGAUUUUGGUGUAAGGAUAUGGACUGAGACCCCAAAAAAGACCUGUAAGCUCGUGAAGAAGAUGGUCAUUGGGAAUUCCGCCUUCCUCACUCUUCACAUUGAUUACGGUGAAAGUUUUGCUUUUGAACGUUUUGAAAAGACUGGUGAAGAAUGGAAGCCAAUAGGCGGGAAGGAGUUUUCUAAAAAGGUCAAAUUAAUGAAGAAGAGCCUUCCGAAACUUGAGCCACCAGACGCAAUCGAGUUGAACAUUAAGUGUGCAGACAUGUCCAAAACGAUCUUUAAAACUGUGGAAUAUGCCAGUACUAGGCAAAUAUUAUGUACUCCGAAAGAUGGAGGAUUCUUUGUCAAAGCAAUGGAUGGCGAAAAGAUCAUAUGGAUUGCAGAAGAAGACGAAAAGUGUACAAUGACAAGUUUGUACCGCAGAAAGGAUGAAGUUGUUUUUGUAGUUGAUAUUAACAAGGGUGGAAAAAUCGCGCGAAAAUGUUUUUUAGGGUCUAUAGUCUCUGAAAAAAUAUCAUGGGAAGGAAUUACCGAAGAUGACUGUGACAACAGACUCGAUAAUAUGGAGAAACCUGCCAAGAGUAAAUCACACCGGACAGCGUGGUCAUCAACAUAAUAAGUCUUUGACAGUUUUAAAAGUGUAUAGGCAAAAU